UUUCCGCACAGUCGCGUACUUUAAGCGCUGUGUUGUAAUGCGCGCAUAAUAUGAUGUGCUGUGCGCAUGAUGCGCCGUUUCCAGCGUUUCGAAUUGCAGGCGUUUCAGGUCACAGAAUUUUUCACGGGCUAUGCCGGCAAGCUGGUGAACAAAGAGAACAUUAUCAAGGUUUACACCAUGCUCAUGAACGGCAAACUCGACCAACUGACAGAGAUUGCCUUUUACAUGGUCGGCCCGAUCGAGAAUUUUGGCAAAACGAAGUAAAGUGUCUGGCCAAGGAACCGGCCUAAGAAUCCGGUCGACUCAAAAAGAUAAAGUAGGCAGUUUUCCAGUACUUGCGUCGGCGUUCGAUUUCGGCUGGAAA